AUGUCGAUCAGGAGCCCCACCGACCCUUUUGCGACACCGCUCGAGACCGUCACCCACAACGACCCUCUCGCAGAGACAGCCGGUCUCAAGUCGGACUACGACAAGCGUGCCUACGGUGAAGCCAACCCAGCUCUCGUCGGCACGCUCGAAAAGGAUGACUUUGCCAAUCGACCCAUCGACGCCAUCGAGGAGGUGCCCACCACCGCCAUCCGCAAGUGGUGGGUUCGUCUCACUUGGCUCAACACCUUUUGGAUCCCUUCCUGGGCUCUCGCCAAAUUCGGCGGCAUCAAGCGUCCCGAUGUUCAGAUGGCAUGGCGCGAAAAGUUCACCAUUUGCUCCCUCAUCUUCUGGUUGUGUGCCAUCAUCCUCUUCUACAUCAUCGCUUUCGGCCGUCUCCUCUGUCCAGACUACGACAAGGCUUGGAACGAGAGCCAGCUCAGUCAGCACGCCGGUCAGAACGACUACUAUGCUGCUGUGCGCGGCACCGUCUACGAUUUCUCCAAGUUCUACAAGGGCGACCACUCCGACAUCACCAACUUGCAGACCAGCUCCGAUCUCAUGCUCCAGCUCGCCGGUCAGGAUCUCACCGAGUACUUCCCCGUCCCUCUCUCUGUGGGCUGCCAGUCGCUCGUCUCGGACACCUCCUUGGCUCUGUUGCCCACCGCCAACAACACCCCUGCCAUCACGCAGGCGGUGCACACUUCGGGCCCCUUGCAGUCCGAUGCUAGCUCCAAGCUGCACGACAUCAACUGGUACCCGGAUCGCUUCCUUCCCUUCGCCCGCAAGCUUCGCAAGGGGUACUACGUCUAUUCCAAAAAGACCAUCGCCAAUCAGGGCCAGUAUAGGCAGUGGGCCAUCGUCAACACCAAGGUGUACGACAUCUCGGACUAUCUCAACACCGUCACCACCUACCAGACCAACCCCGCCUAUGAAUUCCUCGACUCGUCCAUCGUCUCGCUCUUCAAGGCGCAGGCGGGAAGCGACAUCACCGGCGACUUUGAGACGGCCAUGAGCGCCUUCAACGAGACCUACCGCGGUGCCACCCAGGCCUGUCUCGACAACGUCUUCCACGUCGGAAAGACCGACUUCCGUGAGACGGCGCGAUGCGAGGUGCAGAACUACCUCCUGCUCGCUUUCUCGGUGCUUCUCGUCACCACCGUGCUGGCCAAGUUCAUUGCAGCGCUUCAGCUCGGCACCAAGCGUACCCCCGAGCAGCAGGACAAGUUUGUCAUCUGCCAGGUCCCUUGUUACACAGAGAGCGAAGACGAGCUCCGCAAGACGAUCGACUCGCUUGCCGGCCUCGAGUACGACGACAAGCGAAAGCUGCUCUUCCUCAUCUGCGACGGUAUGAUUGUCGGUAGCGGAAACGACCGUUCCACGCCACGCAUCGUGCUCGACAUUCUCGGCGUCGAUCCCAAGAUUGAUCCCGAGCCGCUCAUGUUCAAGUCCGUCGCCGAGGGGUCCAAGCAGCUCAACUACGCCAAGGUCUACUCGGGUCUCUACGAGUUUGAAGGUCACGUCGUCCCUUAUAUUGUCGUUGUCAAGGUCGGCCGUCCCAGCGAGCGCUCGCGUCCGGGCAACCGUGGAAAGCGUGACUCGCAGAUCCUGCUCAUGCGCUACCUCAACCGUGUCCACUUUGAUGCGCCCAUGUUUCCACUCGAGCUCGAGAUCUACCACCAGAUGAAGAACGUCAUUGGCAUCGAUCCUGCAUUCUACGAGUACAUCCUCAUGGUGGAUGCCGAUACGCGCGUCGAGGCCGACGGUCUCAACAGGCUGGUGGCUAACUGCGCCGAUGACUCGAGGAUCAUUGCCAUCUGUGGUGAGACGACCCUCGACAACGCUGAAGACUCGUGGUGGACCAUGAUCCAGGUGUACGAGUACUACAUCUCGCAUCAUCUGUCCAAGGCAUUCGAGUCGCUGUUCGGCAGUGUCACCUGUCUGCCCGGUUGUUUCUCGCUGUACCGCAUCCGCAGCUCGGACAAGGGUCGCCCUUUGUUCAUCUCGAACCGCAUCAUUGACGAGUACUCGGAGAACCGCGUCGACACGCUGCACAAGAAGAACCUGCUCCACCUCGGAGAGGACCGAUACCUGACCACGCUCGUGCUCAAGAACUUCCCUGCGUUCCGCACCAAAUUUGUCGCUGACGCCAAGGCACUGACAAGCGCUCCCGAACAAUUCGGGGUGUUGCUCUCGCAGCGUCGACGAUGGAUCAACUCGACGGUGCACAACUUGGCCGAGCUGGUGCUGAUGCCCGAGCUGUGCGGCUUCUGCCUGUUCUCGAUGCGCUUCAUUGUGUUCAUCGAUCUGCUGGGCACGGUCAUCCUGCCGGCCACGGCUGUCUAUCUUAUCUACCUCAUCGUCACAGUGGCCACUAAACAAGCUGCGGUCCCGGUCAUUUCGCUGGUCAUGCUUGGCGCCGUGUACGGUCUGCAGGCGAUUCUGUUCCUGCUCAAGCGACAGUGGCAGUACAUUGGCUGGCUGGUCAUCUACAUUCUGGCGUAUCCGAUCUUUUCCUUCUUCUUGCCGCUCUACUCGUUCUGGCACAUGGACGACUUCUCGUGGGGUAACACGCGUAUCGUGGUAGGAGAGAAGGGCAACAAAAAGAUUAUCGCUGGCACCGACGACGAGCCGUACGACGACACGAUGAUCCCGGUCAAGCGAUUCAGCGAGUACCAGCGCGAGGUGUGGGAGGAAGGAGCGGCAGCGCCCUCGAUCCGAUCGGGCAUGACGGGAGCCAGUGGACCCUUCGGAAACUCGCAGUCCAUCCUACAGAGUGGACCGCCAAGCUUGUACAAGGCGGGCAGCCAAUAUGCUGGCAGCGUGGCUGGCUCGGAGUACGGCCAAGGCUUUGGAGGUGAUUACUACCAGAACACCAACGUGCUCCAGAAGCCGCCUCAUUCGCGACACACAUCGGCCGCUGGGCUAUCGCAGAUGGGCGGUGGCUCGCAGGCGCCCUCGAUGGUGUUUGGCGGUGUGCCUUCGAUGUAUGGUAUGCCUGCCAUGGGAUCGAUGUACGGAAUGCCUGGGUCGUCGGCGUCGAUGUACGGCCUGGCCAACCCGAUGAUGAACCCGACGGCGUCGAUGUACGGCAUGCCACCGAUGAUGUCAAACCCGUUGGCCAUGUCGCACCACUCGCCAGCCAACUCGGACAUUGGGCUCACGAUGCCGUUGUCGCAGCAGAACACGGGUGGCAGCAACAUUUGGGCGCAGCAAGUCGAGGCAGCCGCCGCCGCCGCUUCGAGUCCCACAGGCAUGGGUGCACGACCCGUUUCAACCUACUCUGCGAUCAACGCAUCCAACCCGUUCGCCGCAGCUCACGUCCCGCGCGCAUUGCCGAUCAACGACGCAUCGGAUCCGACGGACGAGGAGAUCAAAACGGCGGUGCAGACCUACCUCGCGAACCAGGCGAGCUUGAUGAAUGUGACCAAGCGAUCGGUGCGCGAGGCGCUCGGUGCAGCGUUCCCGAACGCCGAGCUGUCGUCCAAGAAGCAAAUGAUCAACAAGGCCAUUGACGACACGCUCUCGGGCGGUGCACAGGCUUGA